CGACGAUGUACCUGAGCGCUGUGCCUCUUCUUGCGUCUCGUCACCCCCACCCAUCAUGCUCGCCACGCAUCUCACGCGCGCCGCUCUGCGCACCUCGGCCCUGCGCUGCGCCGCUGCCGCACCCGCCACGUCCGCCUCGGCGUCGUCGGGCAGCGCAGGUCUAGCCGGCAUUGCUUUGGCGCGCGCAAAGGACGUCGACGCCAAGUGGCAGGGCACAAGCACCCUCGGCGGCACGACCAAGAACUUUCGCGACGGCGCAUUCGUCGAGAGUAAGGCGAGCACAUGGUGCGAGGUGCGCGACCCCGCCACACAGACGCUCCUCACGCGCGUGCCCGACACGCCGGCGGCCGAGUUUGACGCCGCCGUCGCCUGUGCCCACGCCGCCUUCCCCGACUGGGCGGCGACGAGCAUUCUGGGACGGCAGGCCAUCAUGCUCAAGCUGCAGGCCUUGAUCCGCUCGCACAUGGACGACAUUGCCAACAGCAUCACCCUCGAGCAGGGCAAGACGUUUGGCGAUGCCAAGGGCGACGUGCUGCGCGGCCUGCAGGUCGUCGAGACGGCGUGCGGCAUCACGUCGACGCUGCUCGAGGAGCGCCUCGAGGUGGCGCGCGACAUGGACUGCCAUGCGCGCCGCGUGCCGCUCGGCGUCACGGCCGCCAUUGCGCCCUUCAACUUUCCCGCCAUGAUUCCGCUGUGGAGCAUUCCCAUGGCCACCGUCACGGGUAACACGCUGCUGCUCAAGCCCUCGGAGCGCGAUCCGGGCGCCUCGAUGAUCAUUGCCGAGCUGUGCAACCUGGCGGGCCUGCCCAAAGGCGUCCUCAACAUCGUCAAUGGCACCGUCGACACGGUCAAUGCCAUCUGCGACGACGCACGCAUCAAGGCCAUCUCCUUUGUCGGCUCCGACCGCGCCGGCGCCCACAUCUACCACCGCGGCACGCGCAACGGCAAGCGCGUGCAGGCCAACCUCGGCGCAAAGAACCACGCCAUUCUCAUGCCCGACGCCAACAAGGAGCAUGCGCUCAACAGCAUCGGCGGCGCCGCCUUUGGCGCCGCGGGACAGCGAUGCAUGGCGCUCUCCGUCGUCAUUGCGGUGGGCGAGGCGCAAAAGUGGAUUCCGGAGCUCGUGGAGCGUGCCAAGGCGCUCAAGGUGUCGGGCGGCUUCGAGGAGGACACUGAUCUCGGGCCGCUCAUCUCGCCACAGGCGCGCGAGCGCGUCAUUGAGCUGACGGGCUCCGUCGAGGCGCAAGGCGGCCGUAUUCUGCUCGACGGCCGCAGCUUCCGCUCGGCGCAGUAUCCACACGGCAACUUUGUCGGGCCCAGCGUCGUCGAGGCCUACCCGGGCAUGCGCGCCUACGACGAGGAGAUCUUUGGGCCCACCCUCGUCGUGCUCAAGGCCGACUCGCUCGAGGAGGCCACGCAGAUUAUCAACAAGAACAAGUACGGCAACGGCUCGGCCAUCUUCACGACGAAUGGCGCCACGGCACGCAAGUUUGAGAAGGAAGUCAACGUGGGCCAGAUUGGCAUCAACGUGCCCGUGCCCGUGCCGCUGCCGAUGUUCGCGUGGUCUGGCAACAAGGGCUCGGUGAUGGGCGACAUUGGCUUCUACGGCAAGCAGGGCCUCAACUUUUACACGCAGCUCAAGACUGUCACUUCCCUCUGGCGCGCACAGGACGCCACGAGCUCGCGCGCCAGCGUCAACAUGCCGACGAUGAGCUGAACGAUUUUGCCGCGCCAGGCUGCCGCGCGCGCGGUACGUGUUGAGAGAGAUGGAGAGAUGAAAAAAAUGCUACCCAUGACUGGCCUUGUUUCUGUCCAGACGAUGCCCCCUGCGAGAGAGAGAGAGCGCAACGCACGAGCAAG